AUGUCGACAUCGCAGAGCUCGACAGACCCCUCCACACAGGAUGUCGACUUCUGCACUCUUGGCAUGUUCAUCCUUGAUGACAUUGAGUUUGGAGAGGGCAUUCCGCCCGUAAAGGGCGCCUUGGGCGGAGCGGCUUCCUUCGCAGUCGUCGGCGCACGGAUGGUGGCCGGCAGAGAGCAUUCGCAGGCCGUCAGUUGGAUCGUCGAUGUUGGAUGUGACUUCCCCAACGACGUAUUGGAUGUAAUCCGCUCGUGGAACACGAAAUGUGUAAUUCGAGAGGAUAAGGGGAGAUUGACCACCAGGGCGUGGAAUGGCUAUGGUCCAAAUGAGAAGAGGGACUUUAAGUAUCUGACGCCGAAAUUGCGUUUGGAACCGGACAUGCUGUCCGAACAGCAGGUCUUCUCGCGGACAUUCCAUAUGGUCUGCUCGUCCGUGCGGGCUGUUUCCAUCGUGCAAAGGAUUCUGGAGAGGAGAGAAGAGUUGCUACAGAAGGGCUAUAUUCCUCCGUCCUCUGGCGCAGCUACGAGACCGCUCUUCGUCUGGGAGCCCGUUCCCGAUCUUUGCACUCCAGAAGAGCAGGAGAGGUUCUUCACGGCGAUUCGGGUGGUGGAUGUGGUCAGUCCUAACGAACUAGAGCUGGGCAUGAUGUUCGGUCGACCAGGAUGGGAUGAAAGCAAUGAAGAUGACCGAGAACUAGUGAGGAAGAUUCUCAAAUCGGGAAUUGGUCCUGACGGGAACGGGACCUUGGUGAUCAGGGCAGGUAAGAAUGGCAGCUACUCAUACUCGCGGGGCCAUGGGAUCUGGCUGCCCGCUUAUCAUCAGCCAGACCCUUCCAAUCCACCACCUGUGGUCGAUCCCACAGGCGGCGGGAAUUCCUUUUUAGGAGCCUUGGCGGAAGGGAUGAUCAGUCAGGGAAGAAGUCCUGUCGAGACAAUCGAAUCUGUCCUUGCACCAUCGGAACCCUGGAAGAACAUUGUCCAAACCUGGGGCAAAAACGGGCAGAUUCCUCUAGCACUGAUUUGCGCAACGGUUGCAGCAGGUUUCGUGGUGGAACAGAUUGGCGUUCCUAAGAUAUCAGAAAAGGAUGGAAAGGAAACCUGGAAUGGAUCUGAAUUCACGGAACGGGUCCGUCUGUAUACACAACGGUUAUAUAGAACGUUAGAAGAGUCUCCACAGAGACAUCAAUUGGCUCUUUGA